AUGUAGUAAAUUGAUACACAGUUAAUGGAUGAUUUUCAUUAGAAUUUCUUAAACUUCUACUCAAAAGUCAAAGGUGUGAUGAGUGUCAGAUUAAAUUAAAUGAAAGAAAAGUUUAAUCUAAAAAUUGACUCAUUUCCCGAGGACCAAGAAGUGUUUAACAUCCAACAAACUAAUAAACUUAAUCUACAAACUUAACCAAACAAACCCAAAAAAAAUUGGACUGAUGAUGAUAAAAAGGUUCUGAUUUGGUUAGUUGGAAAGUGGGUUACAAUAAAUAAAAGAGAUUUAAAAUAACUAGUACAAAAUUAUUUGUCUAUAACAGAACGAUAUCGAUUGGAGUUCCAUUGCCAGUAUGAUGCCUCGUCGAGAUGCAUUCAAAUGUAAGUAGAAAUGGCUAUAAAUGCUUAAACUUCCUUUGCAAUAAGCUCCAUGGACACUUGCUGAGGAUAAUUUGCUACAAAAGAUAAUUUAUGAAUUCUAAACCUAAAACAAGGGUAAUAAAUGGAGUCAAAUUGCCACGGCUCUCAAUAAAGCCAAUGAUCAGUAAGUCCAUAGAAAUGGUAAACAAUGCAGAGAAAGAUGGAAUAAUCAUCUUAACCCUAACAUCAAUAGGUACAGUAUUUAAAUUUUAAUCAAAAGAAACCCAUGGCAAUUAAGUGAAGAUUUGGAUCUGAUGUGUUUGGCUAAAGAAUUCGGGAAAAAAUGGGCUUUGAUUUCAAAAAAACUAAAAGUUGCAAGAAGCGAAAACAACGUCAAAAAUCGAUUUAAUUGUCUACUAAGAAAAGAGAAGAGCAAUAAAUCUGGGUAGAAUUUUGUGAACUAUUAAAAGGAAAAAAGAUUAAGAGGAAAGUCAAUCUGAAGAAAACUCUAUUUCAAACUAAGCUUCAACUGAAGAAUUAAGUCAUGAAGAAAUUAAGCUCAUUAACUUCAUCAUCAAGAAAAUCGAAUGGCGAAUUCAACAAAGUGACAACAUCAAACAAAAGGAACCGACCGAUGCUGUCAAAGAAGAACAUUUAGACGUUGUCAAGAAAGUUAGAAUAGAAUAGCAAGGAACAUUUUACAAGGAAUUUAAGUAAAAGAUUUCAAAUUUUAAGAACAUUGAAAAACUAUAAUUGCAAGUCAAAGACUAAUAGCUUAAUGAUGAUGAAGUAGCUACUCUCAUGCCAUGUCUCAUCAAUAAAGAAAACAAUCAUAUCUAUUUUGCCUCCCCUGAACAACUCUAUAUUUAUCUGAACAAAACCACUGAUAAUAAUUAAGUGGGAAUGUAACAAGAGAAUUAUUUGUCUAAUCCUAAUAGUUUAGGUUCAAUUAUGUAUGAUCCUAAAUUAUUCCGAUCUAUUGUGAUGCUUCAGUCCAAUGAGUUCCAUCAAGGAUAGAGUGGCAUCUACAAUCAAAGAUCAUUUUACAAUCAGAACCAUAUUGGAAACCUCUAAAGUCUAAAUAGCUAUCCUUAUUCAGUUGCCUUGUCCCCUUACCCCUCACAAGCUAAUUUAACAAAUUAAUUAUAAAAAUGA